AUGUCGGUUCCAGAUGGCGCGAUGCCUGGCACCCUGUUGGACGUGCCUGUGAGAGGUGGCUCCGAGAAGGUUCGGAUCCGAGUCCCGGACAGCUGUGGCGGCGGAAGCGUCUUGGUCCUGAGCCAGGCUGAGGGCAGCACCGAGUGGGACCUGAAGAUCGAAGAGGCAAAAACGCCUGCGCAGGAUACAAGCACCACCAGCGAGGUGAUGAGGAGUGCGCCAGUCAUCCAGCCGGCGCACGAGGAAAGCCCCAAGCCUACAUUGUCUGACCAGCCCGUGGCAUACACCGUGAGGUUGGACACAACAGUGGGGGUUAUCGAUAUCAUUGUGAGGCCCGAUUGGGCACCACAUGGCACGCGCCGAUUCUUGGAACUGGCCACUUCGGGAGAUCUCAGCAAUCUCGCUUUUUAUCGGGCGAUCAAGGGUUGCAUCUCCCAAUUCGGACUGCCACCAAAGCGACCGUGGCCCCCCAUACCGGACGAUCCACCAACAGGAGUGCCUUUCUUGCUGGGCGCUGUGAGCUUUGCUGCAAUAGGCCCAAAUGCUCGAAAAUCUACGCUCUUCAUUUGCACGGGCGACAUGUCCCACUGCUUGGGCGACAAGUCGUGGGAGACUCCAAUUGGGGCUGUGGCAGAGGCCUCGCUGGAUGUGCUGGAUUACAUUGAAACAGUUUACGGCGACAUCGUGGAGUUUGGUGGCCAGGGCCCGGACACAAGCAGAAUAAAUGCCGAGGGGAACUUGUACCUCCAGACAAACUUCCCAAAGCUGACCUACAUCAGAUCAGCCACUGUGCUGGACGAUGGUGCCGACUCCCCGCCGCCCAAGGAGACGCUUGAGGUGAAGGAAGAUCUGAGCAUCGUGAGCCGCACUGUGCAGGAAGCAGAGGGUCUGGCAAGGGCGAAUGCAAGCUCCGCACAACAGGCGCUGCAUCAGGCGCAAGCGGCGGCUGCCACUGACUCCAUGGAGGAGUUGCGGGCAGCAGUGAGGCGAGCCAGGCAAGCUGCCGAUGCUGCUGAGGCCGCGGCCAAGGCAGCGGAAGCUGCACAGGCGGCUGCCGAAAGCAGACACGCCCCUGUGGCAAACCAUUUCAGCGUGGCACCGCAAGCGCAGAUGGCUUCGCCGGCUGUGGCGAUGCCUCAACAGCAGGUGGUGCCAUGUACAGUGCCAGCCAUGGUGCCAUCGCCAUGCCCAGGUCCACAGCGAAUGCCUAGCAUCAGCCAAGCUCCGGGCAAUCCAACUGUGCAGGCUCUCCAGUUUGCGCAUGGGCCACCGCCCGCGUCCAUGCAGCAGUUGCCCCUGAGACCUCAGAUGCCGGCCCACGGUCAGGCCAUGGUACCUCCAUUCAUGGGACUUGCUGGCUGCAGACCCCUUGCCCCGCAAGUCGCACAGGGGGCGUUCCCUGUGAUGAACGGAGGCUUUGGAACCGAUGCAGAAGUCCAAGACACGGCUCUGAUCGGACGGCACAUGUUGGACAUGCCCUAUCCAGAACGUGUGCGCCAUUCUUGCUGUGCUCUCCAAGAUGUAGCUUCCAAGCUCGAGGCACCGGCAUGGGCGAGCCGCAUGAACACUGCCUGCUUCGCGGCAUCAUUGAAUUUCGAUGACAUUUGUGCGCUGGCAGAUCAGCCCAUGGAUGCCUCUUGCACAGCGGGAUCAUCUCAGGCAGUCGGUGAGGAGGCGGCGCUGAUCUGCCUCGCUGGAGCCAUGGAUUUCGGCUCCGGCUGGCGCGAGGAGCUUCAUGCCCACCAUGGCCUUGGGCCCUGGCAGACGGUGCGGGCUGGUAUGGACAAAAUUCUUGCAGCAUGUCCAGACGGGCGCGCAGACUGGCUCUGCAGUCUUCGCGUGUCUGACGUUGCCAAGUACUUCGGGUUGCAAAGCGAGGUGGUGCAAGAGUAUGUGCAAAAGCUACAUACGGUUCUUCGCGAAUUGGGCGAGACCUUAUUGGAAAAGGGCUAUCCGAAUCUCCAAGAGUUCGUCAUGUUCUCCGUGAAUGGCUUCUACAAAGAUGCAACAGCGGCCUCCAAGCUGGUCCAGGUGCUGGCAGAAACCUUCCCGAGCUGUUUUCAGGAUGUUGACAAGUUUGGUGGGCUACCGGUUUACUUCUACAAGAAAGCCCAGAGUGUGGUGAACGAGCUGUAUGAGCGCUUCCAUCUUCGAGAUGACCGCUUCGAGUUUGCAGAUAUCAAGAUGCUCACUGCCAAUGUGGAUCCGCUUGUGAUUAGCGUUCUACGACGGGAGCACGUUGUGAAGACAACCCUGGAGCUCACGACCCAACUGGACAUGCAUACUCCCCUUCCGAGCGGCGGCGCUGCCGAAGUGGCCUUGCGUGCGGCGGCCAUUGCCGCGCUAGAAGAUAUAGCUUCGAUUGCACAGAUGAAAGGCUACGACGUUUCACCGGUGAUGCUCGGGUUGGAUCUUGACUCGCUUGGCUCCCUCAGCCCCAUGGGUCAAGCCCGGGGGUUGUUAGUUUCUUGA